AUGACAAGUCCAACUGCAGAAUGGGAGAAGGUGGGGGAUAAGUUCUAUCGAAAGAUACAGUUAUAUACAGCCGUAUUCGACCAGGACCUAGAGCUUGAAAACUACGUGGUCACGGGAUGCUCAUAUGGAGGAGCAAUUGCUCUAUACCGAGACGAAACAAAGCUUCAAACAUUUCGAGGAUCACAAGCAUCUAAAUCCAGUAUCGAUAUAUACAGUUGUGCUGGAAAGCUGAUCAGAAGAAUAAACUGGGAUCAAGGUUCUAUUAAAGGUCUCGGCUGGACCGAAGACGAAAAGCUUAUUGUCGUCACCACUGAUGGCACAGUACGAUGUUACUAUGACUUACAAGGAGAUUUUAAUCAAUUUUCUCUUGGAAAUGGUGCCGAGGAACUUGGUGUGAUAGCUUGCAGAUUCUACGGCACCGGAUAUGAAGAACCACGUCCAAAAUUACUAGCAACGCCCCCUGAAGGCGAUGUUCAUUCGUGGACACUGAUACCACCGACAUAUACAUUAUCCAGAUCAGUUGAAGUUCUUCUGAGCAUUGAUCAAACCAUACACGUCGCAGACGCUGCUGAAUCCGAAGAUCGUUUUCUAGACAUCGGACCCUUUACUCAUAUCAGUGUAUCGCCAAAUGGAAAAUUUGUCGCCCUUUACACAGAAACAGGAAAUGCAUAUGUUAUCACGAGCGAUUUCCAAAGCAGAUUGAGUGAAUACAACUCCAGAUCGAAAACUCCUCCCAAAGACGUCCAAUGGUGUGGUAAUGAUGCGGUAGUUAUUGCUUGGGAGGAUGAAGUACAUCUCAUUGGCCCUAAAAAUGCUGCAGCAAAAUUUUAUUAUGAUGGUCGAGUUCAUGUAAUUGCUGAUCAUGAUGGCGUUCGUUUGAUAACCAAUGAUGUUUGUGAUUUUUUGCAAAAAGUACCGGAAGUAACCGACGAAACCUUUCGGUUCGGCACUGAAUCGCCAGCUUCGAUAUUAUUGGAUGCAGUCGAGCAGUUGGAGCAGCAGUCUCCAAAAGCAGAUGACAACAUACAGUUGAUUAGACCUCACUUAGUUGAGGCAGUUGACACCUGUGUCAAAGCAGCUGGUCAUGAAUUCAACAUCCAUUGGCAGAAACAACUUCUCAAGGCUGCUUCAUUUGGUAAAUCUGUGCUUGAUAUUUACAACAGUGAUGAUUUUGUAGAUAUGACCGAAACACUCCGAGUGUUGAACGCUGUCCGAUAUUACGAAAUUGGCAUACCUCUAUCAUACGAACAAUUCCUACGCCUAACUCCCGAAAAACUUGUUAGACGUCUCAUCAACCGUCGAGAAUAUCUCUUAGCACUCAAGAUCUCUGAUUAUCUACGACUUCCAACCGACAGAAUCUACGUGCACUGGGCUUCCCAGAAAGUCCGUAUAGGAUCCGAAGAUGAAGACACAAUCUGUCGCGUAAUUGUCGAGAAACUUUCCGGCAAACGCGGCAUCUCAUUUGAAGAAAUUGCCCGAGCAGCCUACGACGAAGGGCGCGGCCGUCUAGCCACCGCCCUCCUAAACCACGAACCUCGCGCCGGAAAACAAGUACCCCUUCUUCUCUCCAUGGAAGAAGAUGAAAUCGCUCUUGAUAAAGCCAUCGAAUCCGGAGACUCAGAUCUAAUAAUCUACGUCCUCUUACAUCUCAAAAAGUCACUUCCUCUUGCCUCCUUCUUCCGCGUAAUAAACACUCGACCCAUCGCUACCUCCCUCGUCGAAUCCUCAGCACGAACAGAAGAUUCCUCUCUUCUGAAAGAUCUCUACUACCAAGACGAUCGUCGUGUUGAUGGUGCUAACGUCUUUAUCCGCGAAGCUCUCCAACAACCCGACUCACGCACUGCAUCCGACAAACUCGCACUUGCUGCAAAACUCCUCUCAGACUCCAAAGAAACAUCUUUCGAGCUCAAAGCUCUCCACGAAGCUUCUCUACUUUUGAGAAUGCAAGAAUCUCUUGACCGCGACCUCACAGAAUCAUUUACAGGUCUCUCCCUAAACGAAACACUCUUCAAAUUGAUAAAACUAGGCUACACUUCUCGUGCCAAAAAGCUCACCACAGAAUUUAAAAUGCCGGAAAAAACAUCCACAUGGAUACGUCUCCGUGCUCUUGUCUCAAAACGCGAUUGGUCUGCUCUUGAAGAAAUAUCUAAAAAUCGCAAAUCUCCAAUCGGCUGGUUGCCAUUCUAUACACUUAUCCUGAAUGCUGGAAAUCAAAAAUUGGCAGGGAGUUUUGUGGAGAAGAUAAGAGCGCAAGGUGAAGUUAAAGGAAAGGAGAUUGUGGAACUUUGGGAAAAGUGCGGGAUGAGAGUAAAGGCUGCAGAGGAAUGUGUGAAAAUUAAAGAUGUAGGGGAGUGGGAAAGAGUUUUAGCAGGUUGCACGGCGGGAAGUGUGGAGCAUAAGGAGGUAGAGAGAAUUGGAGUCGUAGGAGGAUUGAAGAAAUAG